AUGGGAAACCAUACAAAAGUGACAGAGUUUAUCCUAGCAGGUUUGACUGAUGACCCACAGUUGAAAGUUGUGUUAUUUCUCUUCCUGCUUCUCACUUACUUGCUAAGCAUCACUGGCAACCUAACCAUUAUCACACUCACCCUGGUGGACACUCACCUCAAGACUCCCAUGUAUUUUUUCCUUCGGAAUUUUUCCUUCUUAGAAAUUUCCUACACUACUACAUGCAUUCCUAAAUUGCUGGUUAUUAUGGCAACUGGGAACAAAACUAUUUCGUAUAACAGUUGUAUUGCUCAAGUGUUUUUUGCCUUCCUUCUUGGAGCAUCUGAAUUUUACCUGCUGGCAGCUAUGUCCUAUGACCGCUAUGUUGCCAUCUGUAAGCCCCUACAUUACGCAACCAUCAUGAACAGUAAAAUCUGCAUACAGCUAGUCCUCAGUUGCUGGUUUGCUGGGUUCUUUGUUAUCUUUCCACCACUCCUUUUAGGUCUAGAACUCGACUUCUGUGACUCCAUCACUGUUGAUCAUUUCUACUGUGACACUAAUCCCCUCCUGCAGAUCUCCUGCUCAGACACACAGCUCAUUGAGAUGAUGGGAUUUAUCUCAGCUGUGGUAACACUUGUGGUCACAUUAGUAAUGGUGACAAUAUCAUAUACCUAUAUUGCCUUGACCGUUCUAAGAAUCCCUUCAACUACUCAGAGGAGAAAGGCUUUUUCAACAUGUUCUUCUCACAUGAUUGUGAUAACACUUUCUUAUGGCAGCUGCAUCUUCAUGUAUGUUAAACCAUCAGUCAAACAAAGAAUAUCAUUUUCCAAGGGAAUUGCUGUGCUCAAUACCUCUGUUGCUCCACUUCUGAAUCCUUUCAUCUACACGUUACGGAACCAACAAGUGAAAAAAGCCUUCAUGAAUAUGAUACACAGGGUUGUUUCUUUCUCAAACAAGUGA